AUGUCCACCGACAAUGAUUUCCCUUGGGAUAUCGGCAUUCACGAUGCCCACUGUCACCCUACCGACACAAUGGCCUCCAUCGCCAGCAUCCCCCACAUGAAAGCCCACUCACUAACCGUCAUGGCCACACGAGGAGAAGACCAAGACCUCGUACAACAAAUAACCCACUCUACCAAUACCAACGACACCUCAAACCGUAUAAUCCCCUGUUUCGGAUGGCACCCGUGGUUCUCGCACCAAAUCCAAGACGACACGGCCCCAUCAACAAACCCCACCACGCAAGAUAUCUCUCCACAACAAAGCACAAACGCAAACACACACUACACCACCGUCCUAACCCCAUCACCAACCUCAGACCCAGAUUUCUUAAAAUCCCUACCCAAUCCCAAACCUCUUUCCGAGCUCAUCACCGAAACAAAAGAGCGCCUGGAGCGCUUCCCCAAUGCCCUCGUCGGAGAAAUAGGACUGGACAAAGCAUUCCGUUUACCCGGUGCCUGGACAAGGCAAGAACAUGACGCCCGCGAUGACAAGAUUACGCCCGGUUCACGCGAGAACCGCCGCUUGUCGCCGUACAAGGUGAAAAUGGAGCAUCAGAAGACGAUCCUGGAAGCGCAGCUCCGGCUUGCGGGCGAGAUGCAGCGGGCGGUCUCUGUGCAUAGUGUCCAGGCGCACGGGGCGGUUUUCGAUACGCUGAAGGGAUUGUGGGCUGGGCAUGAGAAGGUGCGGAUGUCACGGCGGGAUAGAACGAAGCGAAGGGAUGUGGAAGGGGCGCUUUCUGAUGAUGACGAUGGACCGGAUCUGUCUGAUUCAAGAAGUGGUGCUCCGUCUACGUUGCUGCCGUUUCCGCCGCGCAUUUGUAUGCAUUCUUACUCUGGGCCCGUGGAGCCGUUGAGGCAGUUCUUGAAUAAGGCCAAUCCGUCUGAUGUAUACUUUUCGUUCUCGUUUUUGAUUAAUUUUUCUGGGCCCGGGGCUGGGAAGGUUGUUGAUGUUAUUAAGAUGGUACCGGAAGAUCGGAUCUUGGUUGAGAGUGAUCUUCAUACUGCUGGCCCGCAGAUGGAUGAUUUAUUGGAGCAGGUGGCGCGGCAGAUUUGUCAAAUUCGAGGUUGGGAGUUGCGGGAGGGUGUAAAGCAACUCGCGGAUAAUUGGAAGCGAUUUGUAUUUGGCUGA